AUGGGAGAUCUUUUACUCCCCGAGACGGCGCAGUCCGGAGAUCGAGAUGCGACCAGGCGAUUAUCAGCACCCAUCCAUAGCGAGCGUCAUGUCCGGGUGGUUUGCGUGGGCGCCGGCGCCUCUGGGUUGCUGAUGGCGUACAAGAUGCAGAAGCACUUCAACAACUACUCUCUCGUGUGCUACGAGAAGAACGAAGCAGUCAGCGGGACUUGGUUCGAGAACAGAUAUCCAGGCUGCGCCUGUGACGUCCCAUCGCACAACUACACCUGGAGUUUCGAGCCCAAGCUGGAAUGGUCGGCAGUUUACCCCCCAGCGCCGGAAAUCCGAGAGUAUUUCGAGAAUUUCGCCAGGAAGUACUCGCUCUUUCAAUACAUCAAGCUCCAGCACCAGGUAGUUGGCGCAUACUGGAAUCCAAAGGAUGGUGGCUACGACGUCCAUGUCAAAGACAUCCAAACGGGCAACACCAUCGUUGACCAUGCCGAUAUCCUCGUCAACGCCGGCGGAAUUCUCAAUAAUUGGAAGUGGCCAGCCAUUCCAGGGCUAGAAAGAUACAAGGGCACACUCCUCCACACAGCUAACUGGGACGACACCGUCACCCUCAAAGGCAAGCAUGUCGGCCUCAUCGGCAACGGAUCUUCGGGUAUUCAAGUUCUCCCAGCAAUUCGCGACAAGUGCAAGAAGGUGACGACCUUUAUCCGUGAACCGACGUGGGUGUCUCCUGUCCAGGGACUCGAGCAACACCAAUUCAGCGAGGAGGAGAAAAGGGAGUUCCGUGAGAAGCCCGGUGCUCUCAACGAGUAUCGAAAAAACGUCGAAUCCGGCCUCAACGGCCAGUUCGGCAUCUUUCUAAAGAACAACAAGAUUAACGAGGAUACCCACGCCUACAUGCUUCAGCAGAUGAAGGAGAAGCUCAACAACCCCUAUCUUGAGGAUAAGCUCAUCCCUGAGUGGAGCGUGGGCUGUCGCCGCCUUACCCCUGGCGUGAACUAUCUCGAGUCACUAACCAAGCCCAACGUCGAGGUGGUCUACGGCGAGAUCACCGCGGUGACCGAAACAGGUUGUGUCAGUGAUGACGGUCGGGAAUACCCCGUCGACAUCCUCAUCUGUGCUACCGGCUUCGACACAUCCUUCAAACCGCGCUUCCCCGUCGUCGCACCGUCCGGCGAGAACCUCCAGGACAAGUGGGCCGUCAACCCGGAGUCGUAUCUCGGCAUGGCGGCGGCCGGCUUCCCCAACUACUUCCACAUGCUCGGUCCCAACUGUCCCAUCGGCAACGGCCCUGUGCUCUCCGCCAUCGAAGCGCAGGCCGAUUGGAUGCUCAAGGUCAUCGACCGAUACCAAACCAACAAUAUUGUCGAGUUCGCGGCCAAGGAAGAGGCGGUCCGAGACUUUGUCGAGUUCAAGGAGUGGUUCAUGAACAAAACAGUGUGGGCGGAUCCGUGCCGAUCUUGGUAUAAGCCGCGGGCUGACGGGCCUGUCGUUGCGCUGUGGCCCGGGUCGACGCUGCACUACAUUGAAGCCAUCAAAAAUGUGCGUUUCGACGAUCUCGAGGUCAAGUAUGCCGGCAACCGCUUCGCUUGGCUCGGCAACGGGUACUCUCAGACGGAGCUCGAUGACACUGCCGACUGGGCGUAUUACAUCAGAGAGAAGGAUGACGAUCCGCCUCUGACAACCGGCGGGAAGCGGAAAUUGUUGACCAAGAGCGGUACCAUCAAGGGUAGAAGUCUGGUCUCAUUUAGCGGAAAACCCGAAGACGAGCAACAAGAGCCGAGCAAGGAAAUGGCUCGCCUUUAG